AGAUUUUUGAAUGUUUUGAUAUUAACAGAUGGCAUCUGUAACCCUGUCGAAUAUUAAAGAACUCCUGGGAAUAACCCAAAAAAUAUUUCCGGAAAUCAGUCAUCUAAUACAGAUUAUACUGCCUUAUCCUGUUACAAGCUGCGGUGGGAGAGGAGUUUUAGCCUACUCCGUAGGGACCUGGAACAGGUUCUCUAUGAACCCUGACAGUUUGCUCAGUAAAACAAACCCACUCACUGCAGAGGAUGAGGAAAAAAGUAUUUUAUAUCAGCCUUCUGCUGAUGAGCUCUAAAAGUUCAGGAGAGCCUUCACUUUUUCUCAAGAAAAAAGUAACCCAAGGAGUUGGAUGUACAAGUAUUCAACAAACUACCAGUUUAAUGGAAUGCAAGAUGCUGUGCACCAUGGACUCAGUCUGUAAAGCCUUCAAUCAUGGAAAUGAGAAGUGUGAAUUGUGUCCUGAUGAAUUAUCAAAUGGAUAUAAGGAUAUAGGGCUGAACACUGAUGGAAU